AUGUUUGUUGCACUUUUCAUAGGUUUGGUGGUGCUACUAAUAAUCGUUGACUAUUUGAAUAGACGCCGUCAUAACGAGAUCUUUAAGCAAAAUGGCAUUAAGUCUUUUACAUAUCUGCCAAUUAUAGGCUCGGCGCAUCAUCUCGUCAAUGUGUCACCAAAUGAUUUGCUCCAAUUCACCAGUGAAGUCUUUGAAAAAUAUGGAAACACCUGUAGUUUAUGGCUUUUAAAUCGAGCAACCGUUCUAACGGCUGAUCCUGUGGUUAUAGAGCCGCUACUCAGCAGUCAAAAAGUGUUAAAAAAGAAUAGCCUUUACGGGCUGUUGGACUCGUGGUUGAAGGAGGGUUUGCUACUCAGCACCGGACCUAAAUGGCAUAGUCGCAGAAAAACGAUUACGCCUACAUUUCAUUUUAAAAUAUUGGAACAAUUUGUGCAGGUAUUUGAGCAACAAAGCAAUAUUAUGAUGCAUGCAUUGAAGGAGAAAGCCGAUGGUGAAACGGUGGUUAAUUUAUAUCCAUUUGUUUGUGCGAUGGCACUGGAUAUUAUUGCAGAGACCGCCAUGGGUGUAAAAAUCAACGCACAAUUACAACCCAAUUUUCCUUAUGUGAAGGCUGUGCGCACAGUCUCUGCCAUAUUCGCAGAACGCUUUAUAGCACCCUUGCAACGUUUUGAUUUCUGGCUACGCCUGACUGCACCUCGUCGCUUCCAGCAACUCCAAAGUAGCAUCGCACUCAUGCACGAUUUCACUGGAAGCGUUAUCGAACAGCGUCGCGCCCAAUUAGAGCAGUCAAUCGAAAAUAAUACUCGAAAGGACGAAGCAACGGAUACACCACUCCACGACGACGUUGGUUGCAAGAAACAUAGUGCCUUCUUGGAUAUGCUAUUGCAGGCGAAGAUCAAGGGCCAGCCACUUUCGAACUCCGACAUACGUGAAGAGGUGGAUACGUUCAUGUUCGAAGGGCAUGACACCACCACCAGCGGCAUUUCAUUCACUUGCUAUCUACUGUCGCGUCACCCAGAUGUGCAACAGAAGGUGUUCGAGGAAUUGCGUGCAGUUAUUGGUGACGACAAGCAGCGAGCGAUGACGUUGUAUGAUCUGCAGGCGCUGCAAUAUCUGGAAUGUGUGAUUAAGGAAUCGAUGCGUCUGUAUCCCCCAGUACCCUCAAUUGGGCGCCAUAUUGAGGAGGAUGUUUAUUUGGGUGACAAACUUUUUCCUGCCAAUACCAAUCUAACCAUUUUAAUUUACCAUGCAAUGCGUAAUCCUGACUACUUCGAUGAUGCCGAACAGUUCAUACCCGAACGUUUUAGGGCCGAUGCUGACCGAAAGAUCCAUACAUUCGCUUAUGUGCCCUUUAGCGCUGGUCCGCGUAAUUGUGUGGGUCAAAAGUUCGCAAUGCUCGAGAUGAAGAGCACCAUUUGCAAGAUUUUACGUCAUUAUGAACUACUAGCGCUGGGGCAGGAGGUGCGUCCCAUUGCGAAUAUAGUUCUACUUUCAGCCAACGGUGUAAAUAUGGGUUUGAGGCCUCGGAAGUAUGUUUAA